AUGUCACAGUACCUCAAACCCGAGUGGCUGCCCCGGUUCCAGUUCCCAGGUCCAGACUGGCUGCCCCAGUCCCGGUCACAGUCCCCCGUGCUGGAUCAGCUUCCCCGGCACCAGUCCCAGUUCCCCGAACCGGACUGGCUGUCCCAGUCCAUGUCACAGUCACAGAACCUCAAGCCGCACCAGUCCCAGUUUCCCGAACUGGACCCAUUGCCCCAGUCCAUGUCACAGUUUGCCGAGCCCGACCGGCUGUUCCGGCCCCGGUCUUGGUUCCUGCCCCAGUACCCCGAACCGGACUGGCUGCCCCUGUCCCAGUGCCCCGAGCCAGACUGGGUGUUCCAGCCACUGCCCUUGUCCCAGUUCCCCGUACCAGACUGGCUGCCCAGGUUCCUGUCACAGUUCCCCAAGCCGGACCCACUGCCCCAGUCCAUGUCACAUCUCAUUGAUUACAACUCCACUUUCAACCACCUGCUCCACUUUCCUGACAUCAUCCAGGAAAAUGACGACCGUGCUAUUCAUAUGAGAGGCCGACUUUACACUAUCAAAGCCCACCAACUCUCCCACAGCCAGGGCGACCUCCUCCACGGUCUCUACAGCAGUCCUCCCUCAGUCCUCCCUAAGCUCUACAGCAGUCCUCCCUCAGUCCUCCCUCAGUCCUCCCUCAGCUCUACAGCAGUCCUCCCUCAGUCCUCCCUCAGUCCUCCCUCAGUCCUCCCUCAGCUCUACAGCAGUCCUCCCUCAGUCCUCCCUCAGCUCUACAGCAGUCCUCCCUCAGUCCUCCCUCAGUCCUCCCAGCAGUCCUCCCUCAGUCCUCCCUCAGUCCUCCCUCAGUCCUCCCUCAGCUCUACAGUAGUCCUCCCUCAGUCCUCCCUCAGUCCUCCCUCAGCUCUACAGCAGUCCUCCCUCAGUCCUUCCAGCAGUCCUCCCUCAGUCCUCCCUCAGUCCUCCCUCAGCUCUACAGUAGUCCUCCCUCAGUCCUCCCUCAGUCCUCCCUCAGCUCUACAGCAGUCCUCCCUCAGUCCUUCCAGCAGUCCUCCCUCAGUCCUCCCUCAGUCCUCCCUCAGUCGUCCCUCAGCUCUACAGCAGUCCUCCCUCAGUCCUCCCUCAGUCCUCCCUCAGUCGUCCCUCAGCUCUACAGCAGUCCUCCCUCAGUCCUCCCUCAGUCCUCCCUCAGCUCUACAGCAGUCCUCCCUCAGUCCUCCCUCAGUCCUCCCUCAGCUCUACAGCAGUCCUCCCUCAGUCCUCCCUCAGUCCUCCCUGAGUCCUCCCUCAGCUCUACAGCAGGACUGCUGUAGACUGCUGUAG